GGCAGCCUCUGAAGUCACCACGCAGUUUUUGGUGGCUGGGUUCGUCUUCUUCCGCGUUUACCUGAAACUGGAAGAGAAAAAAAAGGCGGUAGCAAUGAAUCUGUUUACAAGCACAAAGAGUGACUAAAGUGGAAAAAAAAAAAAGAGUGGGAGGAAAAAGUUAUAAGAAAACAGACAGUUGAAGUUAUUGUCUUGUAGUUAACCRACAAAAUGGGAUGUUGUUGCUGCUGCUCAGAGAGUAAAGGUAAAGGUGAGUGGAAACCGCUGGAGGAGCACAGCUGCACGGAUAUCCCAUGCCUCAUCAUAUUUAUACUGUUUUGUAUUGGAAUGAUGUGUAUAUGUGGGUUUGCCAUCGCCACAGGAGGUGCUUCCCGGCUCGUCUCCGGGUACGACAGUUAUGGCAACACCUGCGGUCGGAAUAACACCAGGAUCGAGGGAAUCCCUCUGAGUGGCAGGGACAUGUCAGAGAAAAAAUUUGUUUUCUUUCUAGACCCUUGCAACCUCGACCUUAUCAACAGGAAGAUCAAGUCCGUUGCCUUGUGUGUCACCAAAUGUCCAAACAUUGAACUGAAGGACUACAGAGAUGUCAAGGAUUUCUCCCUUAACAAUGGUUCUGACCUCUGCUCCUAUGAAAUUUCUCCUACAAGAUAUGGAAGCCAUGCAGAGAGAUUCACUAAAUGCCCAAAGCUUCCUGUUCCACCAAGUAAAGCCCUCCCAGUCUUCCACCGCUGUAUUCCUAUGGAUAUUGGCUGCUACGCUGAAUUCGCCCAGGGUUUCAUUACAUUCGUCAGCGACAACACCGUACUGCGGCGCGUCGUCGCUGGAGUGGUGACCAGCAAGGAGAUCAUCAUAGGCCUCUGCUUUCUGGCUUUAGUUCUGUCCUUGAUCAUGAUGGUUGUUAUUCGAUACAUCUCCAAACUGCUGGUAUGGAUUCUCACAGUUCUGGUGAUCAUUGGUUCUGUAGGUGGUACUGGUGUCCUCUGGUGGCUCUACGCUGACUGCAGAUUUGCCCUUAAUAAUAACGGCACUUCUGUGUUUGGGAAGGAAGUGGCUUCCGACAACGUUAAGGCUUUGCUUGUGUAUUCCAUUGGUGCGACCAUUUUCACGGUUGUGCUGCUGCUGGUGAUGUUUUUCAUGAGAAAGCGGGUGGCUCUCACCAUCUCCCUGUUUCACGUGGCGGGUAAAGUGUUCAUCCACCUCCCCCUGCUGGUCCUGCAGCCUUUCUGGACCUUCCUCAGCCUCAUGUUCUUCUGGAUUUACUGGAUAGCCGUGCUUCUCUUCCUCGGGACCUCAGGGACACCAGUAAAGAACAACUCCACACUGCUGGUUGAGUAUCAGAUGAAGGGUCCUCUCCAGUACAUGGUGUGGUAUCACGCCGUCGGUCUCAUCUGGAUCAGCGAGUUCAUCCUCGCCUUCCAGCAUAUGACCAUUUCAGGAGCUGUAGUCACCUAUUAUUUCACAAGGAACAAGUCMGAGUUACCAGCAACUCCAAUCCUUAGCUCCAUGUUACGCACUAUUCGCUAUCACCUGGGCACUCUGGCCAAAGGCUCUUUCAUCAUCACGCUUGUUAAGAUCCCUCGUAUCAUCCUGACCUACAUCCACAGCCAGCUCAAAGGAAAGGAAAAUGCCUGUGCUCGGUGCAUGUUGAAGGCCUGUGUCUGCUGUCUGUGGUGUCUUGAGAAGUGUUUACAGUACUUGAAUCAAAACGCCUAUACUGCGACGGCCAUCAACAGCACCGAUUUCUGCACCUCAGCCUGUGAGGCUUUUGUGAUCCUGGUGGAGAACGCUCUCCGAGUGGCAGCCAUCAACACCGUGGGCGACUUUGUCCUCUUCCUGGGAAAGAUCAUCAUAGUCUCGUGCACAGCUUUUGCGGGCGUUCUGGCUCUGAAUUAUCAGAGGGACUACACGGUGUGGGUGCUGCCGCUCCUCAUCGUUUGCCUGUUUGCGUUCCUUGUGGCCCACUGCUUCCUGUCUGUGUUUGAGAACGUGGUGGAYGUCCUCUUCCUCUGCUUUGCUGUGGACACUAAGUUUAACAACGGCAGCRUUGGACAAGAGUACUACAUGGACAAGGCCUUGAUGGAAUAYGUUGAGAAUGCUAAGAAAAUGGAUAAGUACAAACCAAGUGCAGGGGGUGGGCAAGAAAUGAAGCCCAUGACACGUGGAGGGACUUCAGCUUGACCUACAAUCCAACAGACUGAAUAAAAAGAUUUCAUGUUGUUCCUACAGUUCACAUGUUGCAGUAACUCAGCAUAAACAUAGGUCAAAUAUCAGUAAAUGUAAAAUAUUUGAGUGACGCCAUACAGGUGACACUGGGUUUCAUGUUUUAAGAGAACAUUUUUAAUUAUGACUUUGGACACUUUUAAAACAGUGGUGGAGGGAAGUAUAUUUGUUCUGAUUUGUAAUCAUUAAGAAUUGCUUCUUUGUUUUUCUUUGUUUGUCCUUUUUGCUGCUUUUAAAUCUUUUUAUGCAUUUUUACCAUGUUUGUUUAUUACUUACAGUGUACAUAUUGGGGUUGUUUGGAAACUAUACUUUUCAGUGAUUGCUAACCAAUUUUUCCAGUUGUUUGUUUUUCAAAAAACAUGAUGUGUUUGACUCAUAAAAAUUUUUUCUAUAGAAAACAAA